GCCAGGGGGCGCAGCUCCACGCGGUCCGGGUGUGCAGCGCCGUGCGGGGGACCACCGUCCCUCCUCCCGGCUCGCCCCCAUUUCUCCGCUUCCGUCCUCCUCCCCCGCGCCAGGGGGCGCCGCUAGCCUCCCGGCCCCAACCCGGACCUGCGCGUACCGGGGACUGGCCCCCAGACCCGGUGCCCGGCUUCCGCACUGUCCCUUGCCCGCCAGGUGCUCACGAACUCUGAUCAGCUGCUUCUCCAGAACAUCCCGAUUUGCGGUCGGGACCCUCCCACCUCGGAGGUUCUCCCGAGACCCCUGUCCCUAAGAGGGGGCUGUCCCCCAGCCUCCUGAGCGGCAGGCGUGUCGGUCCUGAGCUAUCGCCGGGCUUAUAGCCCGGGUCCUGCUCCUGCUCCUGCUCCGCACCCUGGCAAACUGCCUAGCCCGGACUGCGCACCUGCGCCUUGGGGUAGAAUCCUUACCCCAACCCCAGCUUCACUGCACAUAGCCGAUCCUGAAUGGGCCACCACCCCCUCUCCAUCCCUGGACACUUGGCGAAGCCCAGGCAGAGAGCUGCCUCCAGCACCCAUCUGUUCCCCUGGAGGGAGGAGGCUCAAGCUGGAGCCACAGCAGUAGAUGGGUUAUGGUAGGCCCAAGGCCAGCACAGACUCCCCCUCCCCCCGGCCCCUCAGGCCUGGGGUGACCUUGCCCCCUGGAGCCUGCACCAUGAAUACCAAGGACACAACUGAGGUUGCUGAGAACAGCCACCACCUGAAGAUCUUCCUCCCCAAGAAGCUGCUGGAGUGUCUUCCUCGCUGCCCACUGCUGCCUCCAGAGCGGCUCCGGUGGAAUACAAAUGAGGAGAUUGCAUCCUACCUGAUCACCUUCGAGAAGCAUGAUGAGUGGCUGUCAUGUGCCCCAAAGACAAGGCCUCAGAAUGGCUCCAUUAUCCUCUACAACCGCAAGAAGGUGAAAUACCGGAAGGAUGGCUACCUUUGGAAGAAGCGGAAAGAUGGGAAGACCACCCGUGAGGACCACAUGAAACUCAAGGUCCAGGGCAUGGAGCCUGUCUCCUGGCAGUGUCUCUAUGGCUGCUACGUUCACUCUUCCAUCGUCCCCACAUUCCAUCGGCGCUGCUAUUGGCUGCUCCAGAACCCUGACAUCGUCCUUGUGCACUACCUGAACGUCCCAGCCCUAGAAGAUUGUGGAAAGGGCUGUAGCCCCAUCUUUUGUUCCAUCAGUAGUGACCGGCGAGAGUGGUUGAAAUGGUCCCGGGAGGAGCUGUUGGGACAGCUGAAGCCCAUGUUUCAUGGCAUCAAAUGGAGCUGUGGGAAUGGGACAGAGGAAUUCUCUGUGGAACAGCUGGUGCAACAGAUCUUGGAUACCCACCCAACCAAGCCCGCACCCCGAACCCAUGCCUGUCUCUGCAGUGGGGGGCUUGGUUCUGGGAGCCUUACCCAUAAAUGCAGUAGCACGAAACAUCGCAUCAUCUCUCCCAAAAUGGAGCCCCGAGCUUUAACCCUGACUUCUAUAUCCCACCCUCAGCCUCCUGAACCUCCCCCAUUGAUAGCUCCGCUUGCUCCAGAGCUCCCAAAGGCACAUACCUCCCCAUCUUCCUCCUCCUCCUCUUCCUCCUCCUCCUCAGGAUUUGCAGAACCCCUAGAAAUCAGACCUAGCCCUCCUACCUCUCAAGGGGGCUCGUCAAGAGGAGGCACUGCUAUCCUCCUCCUGACAGGACUGGAACAGCGAGCUGGGGGUUUGACACCCACCAGGCACUUGGCUCCCCAGGCUGAACCUAGACCUUCUGUGAGCUUGGCUGUGGUUAUAGGCUCUGAGCCCUCUGCUCCACCAGCUCCUCCCAGCCCUGCCUUUGACCCUGAUCGUUUUCUCAACAGCCCCCAAAGGGGUCAGACAUAUGGAGGAGGCCAAGGGGUAAGCCCAGACUUCCCUGAGGCAGAAGGCACCCACACCCCCUGUCCUGCCCUAGAACCUGCUGCUGCCCUGGAGCCCCAGGCAGCUGCUCGAGGUCACCCUCCACAAUCAGGAGCCGGUGGGAGACGAGGAAAUUGCUUCUUUAUCCAAGAUGAUGAUAGUGGGGAAGAACUCAAGGGCCAGGGGACAGCGCCACCUGUACCUUCACCCCCUCCUUCAUCCCCAUCCUCACCUGCCCCCUUGCAGCCAUCUGGCAGGGUAACAAGAGGGGAAGCCUUGUUUGGAGGCUCUGGUGGGGCCAGCGAGCUAGAGCCCUUCAGUCUUUCAUCAUUCCCAGACCUUAUGGGAGAACUCAUCAGUGAUGAAGCUCCAAGCAUCCCUGCCCCAAUCCCCCAACUCUCUCCUGCUCUUAACACCAUAACAGACUUCUCCCCAGAGUGGUCCUACCCAGAGGGUGGGGUCAAGGUGCUCAUCACAGGCCCUUGGACGGAGGCUGCAGAGCAUUACUCCUGUGUCUUUGAUCACAUCGCAGUACCAGCCUCACUUGUCCAGCCUGGUGUCUUACGCUGCUACUGUCCUGCCCACGAAGUGGGACUGGUAUCUUUGCAGGUGGCAGGGCGGGAGGGGCCCCUUUCUGCCUCUGUGCUCUUUGAGUAUCGAGCCCGCCGAUUCCUGUCUCUGCCUAGUACACAGCUUGACUGGCUGUCACUGGAUGACAACCAGUUCCGGAUGUCCAUCCUGGAACGGCUGGAGCAGAUGGAGAAGCGGAUGGCAGAGAUUGCAGCAGCUGGGCAGGCAUCUUGCCAGGGUCCAGAGGUUUCUCCAAUUCAGGAUGAAGGCCAAGGCCCUGGGUUUGAGGCACGGAUAGUAGUCUUGGUAGAGAAUAUGAUCCCACGUUCCACCUGGAGGGGUCCUGAACGUCUGACCCAUGGAAGCCCCUUCCGGGGCAUGAGCCUUUUGCAUCUGGCUGCUGCUCAGGGCUACGCUCGCCUCAUCGAGACACUGAGCCAGUGGCGGAGUGUGGAAACUGGAAGCUUGGACCUGGAGCAAGAGGUUGACCCACUCAAUGUGGACCAUUUCUCUUGCACCCCUCUGAUGUGGGCUUGUGCCCUGGGACACCUGGAAGCUGCUGUGCUCCUUUUCCGUUGGAACCGACAAGCAUUGAGCAUUCCUGACUCCCUUGGCCGUUUACCCCUGUCUGUGGCCCGUUCUCGGGGCCAUGUGCGCCUUGCCCACUGUCUUGAGGAACUGCAGAGACAGGAGGCUUCAGUUGAGCCCCAGUUUGCCCUGUCACCACCCUCCUCUAGCCCAGACACUGGUCUGAGCAGUGUCUCUUCACCCUCAGAGUUGUCAGAUGGCACUUUCUCUGUCACAUCAGCCUACUCAAGUGCCCCGGAUGGCAGCCCUCCUCCUGCUCCUUUGCUAGCCUCUGAAAUGACUAUGGAGAUGGUACCAGGCCAGCUCUCUUCUGGUGCACCAGAGACAUCCUUGCUCCUUAUGGACUAUGAGGCCACUAACUCCAAAGCGUCUGAUCCCUCCCGUUCUGGCCUCUUACUAGCCCAGGACGAUGGGCCUGCUACAGAGGAUAUUGACAGCUUACCAGCUGUGGAUGUGAUCCCGGUGGACAUGAUUUCACUAGCCAAGCAGAUCAUCGAAGCCACACCAGAGCGGAUUAAAAGAGAGGACUUCUCAGGAUUGCCUGAGGCUGGAGCCUCACUUCGGGAGCGGACGGGCACUGUGGGGCUCAGUGAGACCAUGUCCUGGCUAGCCAGUUACCUGGAGAAUGUGGACCAUUUCCCCAGCUCUGCCUCUGCCAGUGAACUGCCCUUUGAGCGAAGUCGCCUGGCUAUCCCUCCAGCGCCUUCCUGGGCAGAGUUCCUCUCUGCAUCUACCAGUGGCAAGAUGGAAAGUGACUUUGCCCUGCUGACACUCUCAGAUCAUGAGCAGCGGGAACUGUAUGAGGCAGCACGGGUCAUCCAGACAGCCUUCCGAAAGUACAAGGGCCGAAGGUUGAAGGAGCAGCAGGAGGUAGCUGCAGCUGUGAUCCAGCGUUGUUACCGGAAGUACAAGCAGCUGACCUGGAUUGCACUUAAGUUUGCACUUUAUAAGAAAAUGACUCAGGCGGCCAUCCUGAUUCAGAGCAAGUUCCGAAGCUACUAUGAACAAAAGCGAUUUCAGCAGAGCCGCCGAGCAGCGGUGCUCAUCCAGCAGCACUACCGCUCCUACCGCCGCAGGCCGGGGCCUCCCCACCGGCCCUCAGGCCCCCUUCCUGCCCGCAACAAGGGAUCCUUUCUCACCAAGAAGCAGGACCAGGCAGCCCGGAAGAUAAUGAGGUUCCUGCGGCGCUGCCGACACAGGAUGAGGGAACUGAAGCAGAACCAGGAGCUGGAAGGGCUGCCCCAGCCAGGGCUGGCCACCUGACCUCUCCACCUCCUUCCUCGCCACCCGGAGCCCCCCUCUGGCAGUCUUAACUGGGAGAGGGCUUUCUGGGGGAGGGGAGCCCCCUGUCGGCAGCUUUUCCCCCUCCACCUCUGGGAGCCCUUCGUAGGACCCUUCCCCUUUUCCCAGGCCUUACUCCUACACGUCUCCUGGUCGUGCCUCCUCUUGGUCCCUGGCUCCAGAAGACCCAUGCCCCACAUAUCUGCAUCUGAGCUGUGACCCACGGAGCCCUGCCUGCACCUUCCCCACAGCCGCUCCCUCCCUUGCCUGCACUGGACUCGGACCUUCCUGACUUGCCUUAUUUGUUUGACGCGUCUCUGUGUUUGCCUCGGUCCCCACCGCUGCCUUCGCUGCGUGCGCCCUAGUGUUUCAGGGGUGACCGUGCCCCCACCCUGACUCCGCAUGUUUGCGUCUGUUUCCUCUCUUCUGGCCCAGUCUUCCCCGUCACCCUGACUCUGCCCACCCACCUCGGUGCCAAAGAGGAGGGGGGGUGUACAUAGGAUCGCGUGGCGGAGUCCUCCCGAGGGGAGGGGGCUUGUACAUAUUGUAACAUACAGAGUAUAGUGAAGAAUCUAUUUAAGGCGUCGCGAGAGCUGCGCGGCUGGAGUCCGACGGGCUCCACAAGCACUUUCUACUUGUGCAUGGGCUUGGUUUAUACAAAUUGCCAUUAAACAUCUCUGCACCA